GCAGAGUCUCCUGUACCCAGCUGUCUGUCCAUGAGGACUGACCGGUCUAAAGAUGAACCUGGAAACUUCAGAAAUGACCCUGGACCCUCAGACUCAAGACAGAGAUCAGAGUCUCCUGUACCCAGCUGUCUGUCCAUGAGGACUGACCGGUCUAAAGAUGAACCUGGAAACUUCAGAAAUGACCCUGGACCCUCAGACUCAAGACAGAGAUCAGAGUCUCCUGUACCCAGCUGUCUGUCCAUGAGGACUGACCGGUCUAAAGAUGAACCUGGAAACUUCAGAAAUGACCCUGGACCCUCAGACUCAAGACAGAGAUCAGAGUCUCCUGUACCCAGCUGUCUGUCCAUGAGGACUGACCGGUCUAAAGAUGAACCUGGAAACUUCAGAAAUGACCCUGGACCCUCAGACUCAAGACAGAGAUCAGAGUCUCCUGUACCCAGCUGUCUGUCCAUGAGGACUGACCGGUCUAAAGAUGAACCUGGAAACUUCAGAAAUGACCCUGGACCCUCAGACUCAAGACAGAGAUCAGAGUCUCCUGUACCCAGCUGUCUGUCCAUGAGGACUGACCGGUCUAAAGAUGAACCUGGAAACUUCAGAAAUGACCCUGGACCCUCAGACUCAAGACAGAGAUCAGAGUCUCCUGUACCCAGCUGUCUGUCCAUGAGGACUGACCGGUCUAAAGAUGAACCUGGAAACUUCAGAAAUGACCCUGGACCCUCAGACUCAAGACAGAGAUCAGAGUCUCCUGUACCCAGCUGUCUGUCCAUGAGGACUGACCGGUCCAUGGACCCUCUGAUAAACUUCAGAAAUGACCCUGGACCCUCAGACUCAAGACAGAGAUCAGAGUCUCCUGUACUCAGCUGUCUGUCCAUGAGGACUGACCGGUCUAAAGAUGAACCUGGAAACUUCAGAAAUGACCCUGGACCCUCAGACUCAAGGUGGAAGAUGGAGAGUCAGCAGAAAUCCAGCUGUGCCGUGUGUGGGAAAGUCCUGAAGGAUCUGGUCUCUACCAGCUGUGGACUCUGGGUUGAUUCACCAGGCCAGUCCUCCUGUCCACAGUGUGGUGAAGGACCACAGACCACCAGUCAGACCAGCACUGAACAAAUGAAAGUAGGUCUCCAUCCACUUCUCAGGGAGCUAAAGAUCAGUCUGAGGGAGAGAUGUGAACAUGUGACUGAAGGAACUGAUGAAACAGGAAGUAGAACCCUCCUGAACAGGAUCUACACUGAGCUCUACAUCACAGAGGGACAGAAUAAAGAGGUGAACAGCCAACAUGAGGUGAGACAGGUUGAGACAGCUCUUAAGAAGAAGACCUUCCAUGAGACUCCAAUCAGGUGUCAGGACAUCUUUAAAGCCUUACCUGGCCAACAGACACCCAUCAGAGUGGUUCUGACCAGCGGUGUGGCUGGUGUUGGAAAAACCUUCUCUGUGCAGAAGUUCACUCUGGACUGGGCAGAGGGCUCAGAAAACCAAGAUGUCAGUCUGCUGGUUCUGCUUUCAUUCAGGGAGCUGAACUUGAUCAGAGAUGAGCGCUACAGUCUUCUGGAGCUGCUCCGUGUUUUCCAUCCAACGUUCCAGAAGGUCAGAGCGGAGACGCUGGCUGUCUGUAAACUUUUGUUCAUCUUUGACGGCCUGGAUGAAAGCAGACUGUCGUUAGAUUUCAGCAUCAGGGAGGCUGUGUCUGAUGUGUCAGAGAAGUCCUCAUUAAAUGUGCUGCUGACAAACCUCAUCAAGGGGAAUCUGCUUCCCUCAGCUCUCAUCUGGAUAACGUCUCGACCUGCAGCAGCCAAUCAGAUCCCUGCUGCAUGUGUGGACAGGCUAACAGAGGUCCGAGGCUUCACUGACGCCCAGAAGGAGGAGUACUUCAGGAGGAGGUUCAGUGAUGAAGAUCUGUCCAGCAGAAUCAUCUCCCACAUCAAGACAUCCAGGAGCCUCCACAUCAUGUGUCUGAUCCCAGUCUUCUGCUGGAUCACUGCUACAGUUCUGGAGCACAUGAUGAGCACGGAGCAGAGAGGAGAGCUGCCCAAGACCCUGACAGACAUGUACUCACACUUCCUGUUGGUUCAGACCAAGAGGAAGAGGAACAAGUAUGAUGAGGGACCUCAGAUGAGUCCUGAGGAACUCACCAGAUCUGACAGGGAAGUUCUUCUGAAGCUGGGGAGGCUGGCGUUUGAACAUCUGGAGAACGGAAACAUCAUGUUCUACCAAGAAGACCUGGAGCGCUGUGGUCUGGAUGUCACAGAGGCCUCGGUGUACUCAGGAGUUUGUACUGAGAUCUUAAAAAGAGAGAGUGUGAUCUUCCAGAAAACAGUCUACUGCUUUGUUCAUCUGAGCGUUCAGGAGUUUCUGGCUGCAGUCUACAUGCUCCACUGUUUCACCAACAAGAUGACAACAGUCCUGGGCACCUUCCUAAAAGAGGGAGACAACGGCAAAGACCAGCAGAACUCAUCUCUGGAUGACUUCCUAAAGAAAGCCAUGGAGAAAUCCCUGAAAAGUCCAAAUGGACACCUGGACCUGUUUGUUCGCUUCCUUCACGGCCUCUCUCUGCAGUCCAACCAGAGACUCUUAGGAGGUCUGCUGGGUCAGACAGACAACAGUCCAGAAAUGAUCCAGAGAGUCAUCCAGAACCUGAAGAAGAUGAACUGUGAUGAAAGUGGUGAAAACGAUGAUGUGCUCUUUCUCUGUUCUAGCCGAGGUAAUCGUGCUGAUGUCUCUCCUGACAGAAGCGUCAACAUCUUCCACUGUCUGAUGGAGAUGAACGACCUAACAGUCCAUCAGGAGAUCCAAGACUUCCUGACAUCAGGAAACAAGUCAGCAAAAAAACUGUCUGAGAUCCAGUGCUCUGCUCUGGCCUUCAUGCUGCAGAUGUCAGAGGAGGUUCUGGAUGAGUUCGACCCAAAGAAGUACACCACAUUAGAUGAGGGACGGCAGAGGCUGAUUCCAGUUGUGAGGAACUGCAGAAAGGCUCGAUUUUUUGCCUUGGGACUGCUGGAGUCUCAUUGCGAGAUUGUGGCAUCAGCUCUGAAGUCUGACCCCUCCCAUCUAAGAGAGCUGGACCUGACCACCAAUGAGCUGUCUGAUUUAGGAGUGAAGCGGCUGUGUGCUGGACUGACAGAUCCAAACUGUAGACUGGAGACGCUGAUAUUAGAUGACUGUGAAUUAGAAGAAAGGAGUUGUUCAACUCUGCUCUCGGCCCUGAAGUCCAACCCCUCCCAUCUGAGAAAGCUAGACCUGAGUAGAAACGAUCUGCAGGAUUCAGGAGUAAACCAGCUGUGUGGCUGUCUGAGGAGUCCAGACUGGAGACUAGAGAGUCUUGGGUUGAAACAAUGCAGUUUGUCAGACAUCAGCUGUUCAACUCUGGCCUCAGCUCUGAAGACCAACCCCUCCACUCUGAGAGAGCUGGACCUGGGCUCCAAUGAUCUGCAGGAUUCAGGACUAAAGCUGCUGUGUUCUGGACUGUUGAGUCCAAUCUGUAGGCUGGAGAGACUGAGAUUGUCUCAGUGCAGUCUCUCAGAGAUCAGCUGUUCCCUGCUGGUCUCAGCUCUGAAGUCCAACCCCUCCUAUCUCAGAGAGCUGGACCUGAGUAGAAACGAUCUGCAGGAUUCAGGAGUGAGGCUGCUGUGUGACUUUCUCCAGAGUCCAGACUGUAUCCUGGAGACCCUGAGACUGGCUAAAUGCAGUUUGUCAGAGGUCAGCUGUUCCUCUCUGGUGUCAGCUCUAAAGAUCAACCCCUCCUAUCUCAAAGACCUGGACCUGGGCUCCAACAAAGUCAAAGAUUCAGGAGUGGAGCUGCUGUGUGACUUUCUCCAGAGUCCAGGCUGUAUCCUGGAGACCCUGAGGUUGUUUCAGUGCAGUCUCUCAGUGAUCAGCUGUUCUUCUCUGUCCUUGGCUCUGAAAUCCAACCCCUUCCAUCUCAGAGACCUGAACCUGGACUGCAAUAGUCUGCAGGAUUCAGGAGUGAAGCUGCUGUGUGGAUUACUGCAGAGUCCAGAUUGUGGGCUGGAGACUCUGAGGCUGAUGAACUGCAGUCUGUCAGAGAGCAGCUGUUCCUCUCUGCUCUCAGCUCUGAAGGCCAACCCCCUCCAUCUGAGAGAGCUGGACAUAAGCUCCAACAACCUGAAGGCUUCAGAAGUAAAGCUGCUGUGUGAGCUGCAGGAGGAUCCAGACAAUGGACUGGAGACUCUGAGGUGGGAGUGGUAGGAAGAUGGGAUCCUCCUUGUCCUGGUGUCCAGGAAAGGGAAGCAGUGGCUCUUUGGAUGUAUCAGUUACUGGGCCGUGUUACUGGGAGGCAGAUGAACUGUUCUGGACCUUGACAUCCCUCAUCUUUCUACUCCAAACAGACCGGACCAUUCACACAGAGAUGUCACAGCUAGUGAAGCAGGAAAUGAUUCACAUGGACACAACCUCUGAACUCUUGGUGAUAACCACAGAUUGUUUCUCAUAUUUGAAUUUAAAAAAAGAAUUGGGUCACAUGUGAAAACAGAAAUAAGAGAACAAAAAAUGAAGACAGUCAAAGAUUUACUGCGUGUAGAAACUGCCUGAAAACACAGACAUGUAAGGGUUCUGGUGGAACAUCUGCACCAUAACAUUUAUUCACUAAUUUAUUGGCUUAAAUACUUGAUAAUAAAAGAAUAGAUGAAUAACUCAAUCAAUACCUUCUACUUAUUGAUCACAUCAUUGCAGAAAAGGACACAUCCUGAGAAAAAGCUGCCUUUAUUUUUACAAACAUCAUUUUUACAUUUCACUCUUGUUUCUGUUUCUUAAUAAAUGAUGCUGAAUUAUGAACAGUUAAAAA